CAGCCGCGGCCCAAGCACAGCCACCACAGCCACCACUGACCGGAACAUGGGGCGCAAGUCGAGCCCCGGGGCGCAGGAGCGCGUGGACGAGGAGGCGCGGACCUGCUGCGGCUGCCGCUUCCCACUGUUGCUGGCGCUGCUGCAGCUGGCUCUGGGCAUCGCGGUGACCGUGCUGGGCUUCCUCAUGGCGAGCAUCAGCCCCUCCCUGCUAGUCAGAGACACUCCGUUCUGGGCUGGGAUCAUUGUCUGCGUGGUGGCCUACCUUGGACUUUUCAUGCUCUGUGUCUCAUACCAAGUUGAUGAGAGAACAUGCGUCCAGUUUUCUAUGAAAGUGCUCUACUUCCUGCUUGAGUGCCCUGGCCUGGUGGUCUGCACGCUGGCCGUGGCAUUCGCUGCCCACCACUGCUCCCUGAUUGCCCAGUUUACCUGUGAGAGCUCUCUGGAUUCUUGCCUGUGCAAACUGCCUUCCUCGGAGCCUCUCAGCAGGACCUUUGUGUACAGGGAUGUGGCCGACUGUAGCAGCAUCACGGGCACUUUCAAACUGUUCCUAAUUUCCAGAUGGUCCUCAAACCUCUUCUGUGGCCUUGUGUGCUUGCUGGCUUGCUUUGUGAUGUGGAAACACAGGUACCAGGUCUUUUAUGUGGGUGUUAGGCUGCGCUCCCUGAUGGCUUCUGAUGCUCAGCCACAAAAGGCCUAAGAGCUUGGCUCAAGGGUAGAGGAGGAAAUAGAACCCUGACUAGCCAAGGUGAAAAAAUGCAAUUUCUAAAGGCAAACUUUGAAAACAAUUAUUCAUUCUCUAAGGGAAUAUUUUUAGAUUUUUUUCAGAAAACAAAGACCUUUUUUAGAUCUCUAUUGGUACAUUUUAAAAUGUUCUUGUGAGGACAGGGUGGAGAGAUGAGAUGGCUCACACGUCCUCCUGCAGAGGACCCGAGUUCAAGUUUCAGUUUCAGAACUCAAGUUGGGUGGCUCACACCUCCCUGUAUCUCCAGUUCUGUGGGCAUGGGGUACACCCCCACACAUACAAAACCAUGCAC